ACCUCGCGUCUUCUGCCAUUCUAAAUCAGAUCUAACAAGAAGAAAACAGUAAGCACUUUCAAAGAAAAUUAAUUAUGGCAGCAAUGAAGCAAUCUCUUGUUCUUUCCAUAUUGAUACUACUAUCAUCAUCAUUUGCACCAAUCCAUGCCCGCAACAAACAACAUCCGGCAAACUCUCCCCCACCGGUAGCAACUCCAGCACCGGGACCAUCAAAUUCUGAUUGCGCGAGCGUUAUAUUUGGCAUGAUGGAUUGUCUCUCGUACCUUACCCCUGGAUCAAAUGAUACUAAGCCCACGAAAGCGUGUUGCGGGGGAAUCCAAUCUGUUGUACAAUAUAAUCCUGAUUGUGUUUGCAUCGGCUUAGCGAGUAGCAAAGAUAUGGGUAUUGCACUGAAUAACACAAGAGCUCUUGCCAUGCCUACAAUUUGCAAGCUCCCCGUUCUUCCUCCCCAUUGUACUAUACUGGACGCGCCGAGUGCAUCUACUCCUGGUAUGUCUUCAGUUUCUCCAUCAGCUGUAACACCUAUGACUCCACCGUCUUCAGCCCAGUCACCCACAUCUUCGCCAACUUUGGCUGACUCGCCGGGCAUGACUGCACCACCUCCCUCGAGUUCUGGCACCAACCACCUCUCAGUUUCAACAUUGACCUUCGUUUUCAUAUAUUUCUUCUAUAACUUACAUUUUGGCUUUUUCUAAUUAAUUUCAGCUUUCACGUUUCCAUAUAUUUUUCUACUGAAUUUUUUUUCUUCUACUGAAUUGGACAUUAUAUGUUCGUGAUUUCAAGACCGAUGCUGUUUUUAAUUUGAUGCUCUUUGGUAAUCAUAUUAAUAUAUCUUUUUUUAAACCA